UUGUAAAUAUAUUUCUUUUCACAACAUAAUUUUAAUCUUUUAUUUUUUAAAUAUUUAAUUUUUAUUUAAUAAAACAAAACAAAUACAUAAAUUGUGAGAGGAGUUAUAUUGAGAUUUAGAGAUUAACUUAAACCUCCUCCUAUACAGCUAUGCUCCUCAUAUGGUGAUUCGUGGUCGUGGCAACAUUGUUUUCAUCGUGCCACCCGAGAUCGAUUCCCCUCUUAAACUCACCAGUUUUACCUAAUUUCAUAAUUGCAUUUUCAUCUCUUUCUUUUGUAUCCCGAAUCUCCCAGCCCCAGUGGACCCCCCCCCCCAACCAAAAAUCUCCAAUGUCUACCGCAAGAACCCCGCAACAUCUCCUCCGAUUACUCGUGAGUUGCCGGAAAAUAUCAGCUCAGGUGACUAAUCCGGCGACGGAUUCCAUCAUUGCCAUGGCUUCUUCCUCCGAGCAAGAAUUCGUCUCCCAUUAUCGCUCCAAUCUUAAUCGAUUUCCUCGAUCGCAGAAUUACUGGGACGCUCGUAUUGCAUCUCGUGUUGGUGAGAAAUUAGGGUUUCGAUUGAAGGAUAUUGGGGUUUCUUUUGUUGAAAUUGAUAUUCAUGAAGAGCUUUCUCGUCCUCAUCAUCAUCGCAAGCUUGUUAUUCCUCUUUUUGAUUCUGUUAAAAAGACUGGUGUUUCUGUCUCCGGCACUGAAGAAUUGCAAUUUUAGGGUUUUUUUUUUUUUUUUUGGGGGGGAUUUUUUUUGUUGGAAGGAGAUUUGUAUUUCUCGAGAUUUUUAGUUUAUUAUUGAAACAAUUUUGAACAUGUUUAUAUAUAAAUUAAUAUAUAUGAUCAGGUUUAUUUACUGCUUUUGCCGGAGUUAUUUUUGUUGUCCUCGUUUUGAUUGAUGUAUUUUGUUAACAAGUUCUUAUUAGAUUGACAAUGGAUGUGUGCAUCGUGUUCUUGAGUGUACAAUAGUGUGCAUCGUGUUCUUGAGUGUAUAAUGGACGAGUAAUUAAUUUUACAGGAUGGUGGGACUGUAGGAGGAAGUAAACGGGAUGGCUAUUAUACGAUUAAUUAAUUAUACUUGUGUGCUAGAAUAAUUAAUUGUCAAAACAUGGUAAUUAAGGAGAUAGAAUAAAGAAAAUUUGAGAGUUAAUGUACUAUGACUAAAUUUAAAGGCUCCAAAUUCAUCUGCACUAAUAUUUUUAAAUCUACUGGUUAGUUGAUUACUCACAAUCUUGCAGUCAGUCGCGAUUUGAUACAGGAUUUUUGGGUAG